UCUCUCUCUCUCUCUCCCCCUGUAUAUAUAGCUUCUCUCUCGCACUCUACAUUAUACAUACAUACCCAUCUCCAUUGCUUUUCUCUCUGAAUAUAUAUAUAUAUAUAUUUUUAUUGUUUGUCUCGGUUUGCGUGAUAGGUGUCAAUGGCGCACGUUAGCCAGCUUCCAUGUGACGGAGAAGGCAUUUGCAUGGUGUGCAAGAACAGGCCGCCGGACGAGGAGAAGCUAACCUGCAAGACAUGCCAUACGCCAUGGCACGGGAGCUGCCUUAUCGUGCGCCCCGAAACCCUAGCGUCGACGGUCCAGUGGGAGUGUCCGGACUGUACGACGCCGUUCGACGCUCCGGCGCCUCCCGCCGGAAAAUGUGAACUCGUGUCGGCGAUCCGAGCGAUCGAGGCCGAUACAACUCUCACGGAGACACAGAAGGCGAGGAAGCGUCAGGAACUGGUCGGCGGACUAGUCGAAUCGGCCGAUUCGAAGCGGAAAGGGAAGGAAAAAGCUGAGCAUGGCAAUGAAGUGCUUGAUGUUCUUGGAAGAGGCGUCAAUUGCUCGUUCUGUAUGCAAUUGCCAGAGAGGCCUGUUACGGCACCAUGUGGUCACAAUUUCUGCUUAAAAUGCUUCCAGAGGUGGAUUGGUCAAGGAAAGCGUACUUGUGCAAAGUGCCGACGCAUUAUACCCUCUAAAAUGGCGAAUCAGCCUCGCAUCAACUCUGUACUUGUAGCUAUCAUCCGAACUGCCAAAUUAUCAAAAUUAAAUGAGUCCAGUGCAUCUGAUAAAGUAGAGCAUUUUGUGUAUAACCAAGACCGACCUGAUAAGGCAUAUACUACAGAGAGAGCGAAGAGGGGUGGGAAGGCAAAUGCUUCGAGUGGGAAGAUAUUUGUAACUGUUCCACCAGGCCAUUUUGGACCAAUCCUUGCUGAGAAUGAUCCAGAGAGGAACCGGGGGGUGUUGGUUGGAGAUUUGUGGGAGGAUAGGUUCGAGUGCAGGCAAUGGGGUGCUCACAAUCCUCAUGUUGCAGGGAUUUGUGGACAAGAAGAGCGUGGUGCACAGUCCGUGGUACUUUCGGGAGGUUAUGAGGAUGAUGAGGAUCAUGGAGAGUGGUUCCUCUACACAGGAAGCGGUGGAAGGGAUCUCAGUGGGAACAAAAGGACUAACAAGGAACAAUCAUUUGGUCAGCGCUUCAAGAAGGGUAAUCUAUCAUUACGACUUAGCUGUGACAAAGGCUAUCCAGUUCGAGUUAUUAGAUCUCACAAAGAGAAGCGUUCUGCCUACGCGCCGGAGAAGGGGUUGCGAUAUGAUGGGAUCUACAGGAUAGAGAAAUGCUGGCGAAAAGUUGGGAUGCAGGGUUUCAAAGUCUGCAGAUACUUAUUUGUGAGAUGUGACAACGCUCCCGCACCAUGGACAAGCGAUGAGCAUGGGGAUAAGGUUAGAGCCUUGCCAUUCAUUUCCGAACUUGAAGGGGCGACUGAUAUUAGUGGGAGGUUGGAGAGUCCAUCAUGGGAUUAUGAUGAGGAAGAAGAAUGCUGGAAGUGGAAAAAACCACCACCCCCUAAGCAAAAAGAAGUAACUAAGAGCAAGCAUAAGGAUGGACAGCAGGAGAGGAGAACUAUUACAAGGAAAUCUAAAAAUACUUAUCUAAAAGAGAAAGUUCUGAAAGAACUCCGUUGCUGUCUAUGUAAAAAAGUGAUGACUCUGCCUCUCACAACACCCUGUGGUCAUAACUUCUGCAAACUCUGCCUGGAAGGUGUCUUUGCUGGGCAGACUUUCGAGAGAGAGAGAACUUGCUGCAAUGGACGCACACUCCGCUCCCGAAAGAACCUCAUGAAGUGCCCUUCUUGCAAAAAUGACAUAGCUGAGUUCCUCAAAAGUCCUCAGGUUAACAGGGAACUGAUGGAGGUAAUAGAGGGGCUUCAACAGAAGACAAAAAAGAAGGAUAUCGUUGAGGGGUCGGGUGCAGAGGCAUCUGAUUCGAUGGAGAAGAGAUUGAAUGCUUUGUCUGGGAUUGAAGAAAAUGAUGUUCCAAAUCCUCAAAACGAGGAGCUCAAGAAGAAGGAAAACAAUGCUGCUGGGACUCUGACAGAACAUGAACAAGAAGAUCCCGAGAGGGCAUGUAAGCGAAUGAAAAUUGAUGGUGGCGAUGAUGGUGUGUCAAAGAUUGACAAUGCUGAGAUUGAAAACAACAAAGCUGAAGCAACAGAUAAUAAAUCUGCUUCGCCUUCAAGUCCUCUCAACGUGCGAUCAUCGGAUGAUGAUAACCAGUGAGUUGUCCUUUGCUUGAAAAAUCGAGAUUGUGUCUGGAUAUUGGAUUUCUGAGGGGAAAAUAAUAAAAACACAGAAUAAAAAAUAAUAAUAAUAAAAAAAAAGCAUACACAGUUUUUACUUUUUUUUCUUUUUUUAUUUCAGUUGUUUUCUUCACAGAUCCUCUAUUAUUUAAGAUCCAAGCACAGUUCAUAAGAAAUUUAUAGGAUUAGGGUUCAACUUACAUGUACUGUUUUACUUUUUUGUAAGUAGGGGCUGGUAAACUAGUAUUUAAAAUUGUCAAAUGUAACUUCCAGCUUUUGGGUUGUGGAGAGAAAUGUAUGUUGGAUGUUGAAUUUGGAAAGUGUUAAAUAUUUGUAUUGCAUGGUUA